AUAGACCAAAGCGUUUUCGGUGGUUCUAACCUACUCGAUUUUCGCGAUUUGAGCCGUUUUCAACUCGGAAAGGGCCAUGGCGGACGAGGAGACGGUCAACGGAAACUCGGACGAGAAUUCGGAAAAGUCGCAGCAAAAAAAGUCGGCCAAGUAUGACAGCGGCGCGGCGGACCUGGAAAAGGUGACGGACUACGCUGAAGAGAAGGAGAUUUCGACGCAGGACGUGGCAAACGCGAUCUCCGCGAUAGGAGACCGGCGGAACCAGGCGGCGCUCGAGAAACAGGCUAGGGAGAAAGAGCUCCUGAAGGUAUCCAUCAGGAAAGAGGACGUGGACCUCAUCGUCAGGGAAAUGGAGAUUACGCGCUCGAAGGCGGAGCGCACGCUGCGCGAGAACCACGGGAACGUGGUGAACGCGCUGAUCUCGCUAACCAACUGAACCUGUAGCCGGUUUCCUAGAUCGCACAUAAAAUGAAAGAAUGA